AUGGCAAUGUUAAUGUGGAAGCAUGGUGAAGAGGCUAUGGCUAAAGUGAGUUCUCUUCUUCACGAAUCAUAUGAACAUGUUUCAGAGGUCGGAUAA